CUUCUUACCUGGUUCCUUCUUUAGUUUUCGCCAUUAAAGCUUGGCCUCGCACUGAAAACCCUAGAUCCUGGUUUUCUAUCCUUCUUCUUUAAUAAGGAUAUUCUAGGAGUUUUACAGGAUGAUGAUGUAUACUUCAUUCUUGCAAAGAUUGCAUCAUGAUACUUCGUAAUAUUAGAAGGCAGGCAUGAAUAUUGUGAAAGGUGUAGCUGAUCUACUUCGUAGAACAUCUAUUGGGCAAGCUGGAGAAAGUGCUCUAUGGUCACAUGAGAAUAUUUCAGCUCAUCCUUAUCCAAAAAUUCACUUCCGGGAAACUGGUGAUGAGGAAGUCCUGAAAACACUUUGGGAGAAAUAUGAGGAAGCCACAACAAAGGAAGAACAAGGGAAACUACUGCAAAUGUUUCUUGUGCAUUUUCUGCUGGUAUACAAGAACUGGAAGCCUGAACUUUCUUGCCAGCCAAAACAAAUUGCUACAUCUAGCCCUGAUACCAUUGUGUCUGCAGCGACCAGCAGUGAUGUUAUCAUUGGCUGCUCUUUCGGUCACCCUACAGAAGUUAUUCUUGUUCUGACCCAAGAACUUGUAAGGUUGACAGGUCUUGUCACGGAAUCACAAUCAACUUCUGACUUACCGGGCAUGUCCAUGAUAUUAUCUGAGAGACCUGAAGAAUUCAAUGUGCUGGAUGCCUUAGUAAUCAUAACUCGCUCUAUGCAUAAUCGUAGAGUUUUCAUCGUCUAUGGGGGGAUGCAAAAGCUUGCAGCACUUAUGAAAGCUGCAGUUAUUCAUCUUAAAUCAGUUGCUGGUGCCCUUGCUUCAGAUGAGCAUUUGGGUCUUUCUCAGAAGCUGAGAUCCUUACAGAACAUUCUCAUUUACGUGGUUUCUAUUAUUUCAAAUUUCAUUGAUUUGUACCUAACUGUGAACGAAAAGGCUACAAUGUAUUCCAUUCAUAUGGAUCCUUCUAUUGCAAAGGGCAGUUUGGAGGAGUCAUCAAGCAGCCUAAUGGGUAAGGAUCUUAGUGGAAGACGGUUUUCUUUACAACAGAAGGCAAUUAUAUCAGUGAUGGAAACAGGAGGUCUGAACUGGUUAGUAGAACUGUUGCGGGUCAUCAGAAGAUUGAGUUUGAAGGAUCAAUGGACAGAAAGAUCACUGCAAUUGUUAACAUUAAGAACUCUUAGAUCUGCACUAACUGAAAAUCCACGAGCUCAGAAUCAUUUUAAAAGCAUUGGGGGCUUGGAAGUUUUGUUGGAUGGACUUAGUUUUACAUCUGCCAAUGCAUCACCUACGAAGAAUACUGCUUCCAAGUGCAGAUAUGGGAAGCCUGUUCUUGAGGAUUUUGAGCUUCAAAUCCUUCUGGUGGAUGUCCUACGGGAAGCAGUAUAUGGUAAUCUCAAUAACAUGUUGUUUAUUUGUGAAAACGGAAGGAUACACAAGUUUGCAAACAACAUCUGCUCUCCUGCUUUCAUGCUUCAAGUUUUUCCACAGAAGGGGGAUGACUCAUCUUUUAAUGACAAUUCUCACAUGCCCAUUAUGGAUGUUAAUGUGAACACUUACGGACAAGAAAAGAUGGUCCAAUCAUCUGAUUCCUCUGUACCAUAUAACAAAGAACUUUCUGAGCUGACUAUUGCUUCACAAACUUGGAAGGAGUAUACCAUUAAGCUGAGUAACGUGCUUUGCUCUUUCCUUCCUCCUUCUCAAGGCUUUGCAGUACCGUCUCUGGAAACGUCGGUUGGUGUGGGCACAAUGUCAGUCUCAUCAGCAUACUGCGAGCUUGCUGUAAAAUGGAUUUUGAAAGUUCUUCUCACGGUGUUUCCAUACAUAAAGGCUUGUUCCACUCAGAACCACCUGCUAAAUCAUUUAAGGGUAUUGUCCAAUACAUUGCAACAUCACACUCUUCAUGCAUUUAGAAAAGUGCUUGUUUCAUCACCUUCAUUAUUGGAAGUCUUCCGCGAAGAAGGCUUAUGGGAUCUUAUCUUCUCAGAAAACGUUUUCUACUUUGGUCUUGGUUCUGAAGGUUUUGCUCAGGAGAUGCAUUUGAAUCUUGAACUGGCUCCUACUGAUUGUGAACGCUUUGCUACUUCUAAACCAUCUGCCAACCAAUUAAACUCAAUUGAAGUUGAGAUUCUUUAUAUGGAGAUUGUAGCGUUUGUCGAGUUUGUUGCAACAUUCAAUGGGAUAAGCAAUAACUUGCCGGAAUGCUUGGUUCUACUUGAAGCUCUGGAGCAAUGUUCUUGCAUCCCUGAAAUUGCUAGUGUUCUUGCGAAGAGCCUUCACCGUAUUUUACAACUCGCUGUUGAACAAACUGGUGCAUCAUUCAAAACAUCGGAUGCUGUAUCGCGGCUGCUAAAAGUUGCAUAUAUUCAGGUACUCGAAUUCAGAAAAGUGGUAAGUUCUUAUGCUUACUCAGAGAAUGAGGCAUGCGGAAUAGAGGUUCGGUCGCAUGAUCUGUGGAUGGCUCAUUACACUGCAACGGUCAAAAUUUGGAAUCAGUGUCUCGAAGCGUCUUUUGAACUCUUCACUGAUUAUCUCUGCAUUUCAGAUGAUGCCAAAGAUUUGGCAUUGCACAGUUCCAAAUGUGUUGACUGCUUGUUCAAGUUGUUCUGGGAUGACAGAUCUCGGAAGUUUGCCCUGAAGCACAUACUCCUUUUACUUAAGUUACCACCAUCCUCCGAGGAGGAUCGGGUGGCAAAGUUGCAGUUGUGUUCCAAAUUUUUGGAAAUAUUCCCUCGUGUGCAUGAGAACGAAGAACAAUUUGUAGAUUUGGCAAUCGAUCUGUUGGUUGCUAUAAGAGAUAUGCUUCAAGUUGAUCAAAUGUACUACCAGGCAUUGUUCCGUGAUGGGGAGUGCUUCUUGCACAUAGUAUCUUUGUUGAAUGGUGCCUUUGAUGAAAGAAGUGGAGAACAGUUGAUUCUGAAUGUUCUUCAAACGUUGACAUGUCUCCUUGCUGGCAAUGAAGCCUCUAAGGCUGCAUUCAUGGCACUCGUUGGAGCGGGUUAUCAAACAUUACAGAGUUUGCUUUUGGACUUCAGCCGCUGGCAACCAAGUGGGGCAUUUCUGGAUGCUCUUCUUGAUAUGCUUGUGGAUGGAAAUUAUGAUGCAACAUCUAAUUCUGUGAUAAAGAACGAGGAUGCUAUUCCACUAUUUUUCAGUGUGCUGCAGAAGAGCAGUGAAGAAAUGCAGCUAUAUGGACUUGAUGUAUUUAAUCAUCUAUUAAAAGAAUCCAUAAUCAAUAGGGCAGCAUGUUUCAGGGCAGGAAUGCUAAGCAUUCUUCUAGAUUGGUUUAGUAUGGAAGACAACGAUGUCAUGAUUUCUAUGAUUGCACAACUGGUCCAAGCUAUUGGAGGACAUAGCAUUUCGGGAAAGGACAUUCGGAAAAUAUUUGCCCUCCUUCGUAGUGAGAAAAUUGCUAGUAGACAAAAGCAUUAUUCCUUGCUAUUGACUAGCAUCCAGUCCAUGCUCAAAGAGAAAGGACCUACUGCUUUUUUUGAACUCAAUGGCAGAGACUCUGGGAUUGUAAUAACGACAUCUAUGCAUUGGCCUGGAAGCAAAGGCUUUUCUUUUGCAUGUUGGGCAAGAGUGGAGGAGUUCCCUGAGGAUGGAUCACUUGGUUUGUUUAGUUUUCUCACUGAGAAUGGCAGAGGAUGCUCUGCGAUGCUUGAAAAGGAUAGAGUAGUAUUUGAGUCUAUUGGCCAGAAAAGACAGAUUGCUUCCUUGAAAUUCGACCUUGUUAGUAAAAAAUGGUAUUUCCUGUGCAUAACUCAUAGCGUUGGGAGGGCCUUUUCUGGAGGGAGCUCACUGAAGUACUAUGUGGAUGGAGAUCUUGUGGCCACUGAAAAGUGCAGAUAUCCAAAGGUUAACGAGAUAUUGAGUUGCUGUACAAUCGGAACAAGAUCUCCUCUUGCUAGAAUUGAAGAUGGAGAUGAUGUCUUUGCUAUCAGAGAUUCAUUUCCUUUCUUUGGUCAGCUUGGUCCAAUCUACAUGUUUGGUGAUUCUAUUUCUUCUGAGCAUGUGAAGGGCAUUUACACCCUUGGUCCAAGUUACAUGUACUCAUUCCUUGGCAAUGAGGCUGCAGCUGUUUCUGAUCAUGCAUACUCAAAUGGAAUCCUGGAUUCAAAGGAUGGUCUUUCAUCAAAAAUACUAUUUGGUUUCAAUGCGCAGGCUACAGAUGGUCGAAGAUUGUUUAAUGUUACACCAUUGCUUGAUCAAACAGCAGAUAAACAUUGCUGUGAAGCCACAGUUAUGGCUGGAACCCAGUUAUGUUCUCGACGUCUUUUCCAGCAUAUAAUUUACUGUGUGGGGGGUGUUUCAGUAUUUUUUCCACUUUUGAAUCAGUUUGAUAGUAUAACUGAAAAGUCAAAAAGUGAGCAGGAGGAGUGUUCUAUGUUGAAAUCUAUUUUGAGAGAAAGACUUGCUGCUGAAGUCAUUGAACUUAUAGCCUCUGUUUUAGAUGAUAAUUUAGCAAAUCAGCAGCAGAUGCAUCUUCUUUCUGGAUUUUCUAUCCUUGGAUUUUUACUGCAGUCUGUCCCUCCACGGCAACUUACAUUGGAAACUGUUUCGGCAUUGAAACGUAUGCUAACUGUUGUUGGAAAUUCGGGUAUGUCAAAGAUUCUAUUGCCGGAUUCCAUUUCAAGGAUAUUUCUGAAUGCUCAUAUAUGGAUCUACACAGAUUAUGUAGUGCAACGUGAAUUGUACAUGUUCCUUGUCCAGUACUUUGACAAAGACUCCCAUUUGUUAACAAGUCUUUGUCGACUCCCAAGGAUUAUUGAUAUUAUAAGGCAGUUUUACUGGGAUAAAUCAAAAGGACGAUCUGCUUUUGGAAGCAAGCCCCUAUUGCAUCCUGUUACAGGAGAAAUAAUUGGGAUGAGGCCAAGUCGUCAAGAAGUACAGAAACUGCGUCUUCUUCUACUGAGUCUUGCCGAAAUGACAUUGAGGCAGCAUAUCUCGGCAUCUGAUGUAAAAUCUCUCAUUGCUUUCUUUGAGAAAAGUGAAGAUAUGGUAUGCAUUGAAGAUGUAUUGCACAUGAUCAUUCGUGCCACUUCUCAGAAAUCUUUGUUGACUUCUUUUCUGGAGCAAGUCAGUUUGCAUGGUGGUUAUCAGAUCUUUCUUAACCUGCUCCAUAGGGACUUAGAGCCAGUCAGACUUCAGGGAUUGCAGUUUCUUGGAAAACUUCUGGUUGGAUUACCUUUGGAAAAGAAGGGACCAAGAUUGUUUAAUCUUGCAGUCGGAAGAUCAAAGUCUCUCUCAGAGAGCAAUCGAAGAGUGAACCCAGGGUCACAGACAUUAUUUAGUGCAAUAUCUGACAGGCUAUUCAUGUUUCCACCGACAGAUUCUUUGUAUGCCACGUUAUUUGAUGUCCUUCUUGGUGGUGCUAGUCCUAAACAGGUUUUGCAAAAGCACAAUCAGCCUGAAAAGCAGAAGAAUAAGAAAAAUAGUCACAAUGAUACUGGUUCACACUUUGUCAUUCCUCAGAUCUUAGUACUUAUUUUUAAAUUCUUGUCAUGCUGCAAGGACAUAUCAACCAGAGAAAAGAUCCUAAGUGAUCUGCUCGAUCUGCUUGAAACAAACCAUUCAAACAUUGAAGCUUUGAUGGAGAACGCGUGGAGCUCCUGGUUGUUAACAUCUGCAAGCCUUGAAGUGAUCCGUAACUACAAAACCAAGACACAAGUUCAAGUUGCAAAUUCAAAGAUAAGUGAGGAAAUACUAGUAAGAAAAUUAUACGUUGUUGUCCUUUUCCACAAUUUGUGUUUAGUAAAAGGUGGGUGGCAGCAACUUGAGGAGACAUGGACUUUCUUAGUGUUGCAAUACGAACAGGGCAACUUUUCAUCCCAAAACCUGCUAAGAGAUAUCUUUGAGGAAGUUGUAGAGAAUUUGGUAGAAUGGCCCUCUGAAGAUAUUGUCUCCCAACCAUGUCGUGACAACACACUUUACCUUCUGAAGUUACUUGAUGAGAUGCUCGUAAGAGAGUGUGAUCAUAAUUUACUGCUUCCUGAGUGUGGUUUCUCUGUUGAAUACACUCCUGAUGGAUCUGAACUGGGAAGUCACAAAGAUGUUAGCCCUGCUGCUCUCGGGGCCUUGCAAGCUACAUUUGAUGAUACACUUUCUAGAUUUGGGAGCAUGUCCUUGUCUGGAAACCCCCCAAGAGGAUGUCAUCAACCUGAGUCUAUGAAGGAUGAUGUUAUGGGGAAUCAGUGGUGGAAUAUGUAUGACAAGCUCUGGAUUGUUAUAACCGAGAUGAAUGGAAAGGGACCGAGCAAGAUGCAUGUCAAAAACUCAACUGUGGGAGCGCCGUCUUUAGGACAAAGAGCACGUGGAUUGGUAGAAUCACUGAAUAUUCCUGCUGCUGAAAUGGCUGCUGUAGUUGUAUCAGGAGGGAUCAGCAAUGCACUGGGUGGCAAAUCAAACAAAUAUAUUGAUAAAGCUAUGCUUUUACGUGGAGAAAGAUGCCCAAGAAUUGUUUUCCGUCUUGUAAUUUUAUAUCUUUGCAAUGCUGAUCUUGAAAGAGCUUCUAGAUGUGUUCAGCAGUUCAUUUGUCUCCUCCCUUCACUCCUUUCCACAGAUAAUGAGCAAGGCCGAGGCAGACUACAAUAUUUUAUCUGGUGCCUCCUUGUUUUGAGAGCACAGUAUGGACCAAAGGAUGAUGGAGCUCGUUUUCAUGUCAUAUCCAAUUUGAUCCGGGAAACUGUUAAUUGUGGAAGGUCCGCGCUGGCUACCAGUAUCUUAGGGCGUCAAGAGUCAUUCGACUCAGGAAACAAACUUAAGGAAGUUGGAAGUAUUCAAAAUUUACUCCAGAAAGAUAGAGUUCUGGCUGCGGUUGUUGACGAAUUAAAAUACAUUAGACUUUCGAAAGAGGAACGAUCAAAGCAGCUACAGGAACUUCGGAUUGAGAUUGAUGAUCAAUCAUCCAUUGAGUUUUAUCAAAAGAAAUCUUUCGAAGAAGAGCUCCAAAAUAACUUAAGCAUGAUUCUUUCUGCAGAUGAUAGUAGAAAAGCUUCCUCUCAGCUUUCUUAUGAUGAGGAUCAACAAAUUAUAGCUGACAAAUGGGUCCAUAUGUUUCGGGCUCUUAUUGAUGAGAGAGGUCCAUGGUCAGCUACUCCUUUCCCUAAUAAAAUUGCUACCCAUUGGAAACUUGAUAAGACUGAGGACAAAUGGCGCCGGAGGCCCAAAUUAAAGAGAAAUUAUCAUUUUGAUACACAAAUUUGUUAUCCGCCUACAAGUUCCACAAGCUAUGAGACUUCUCAACCUGUUAAUGACAGUCUCUCUGGUCUUGGAAGCCAUGUUCCAGCAGCCAUGAAGCGCUUUCUACUUAAAGGAGUUCGUGGCAUAAGUGAAGAAGGAGUUGCUGAAAUCCAUGAAAGUCUGAAUGAGGAUGAUGAGUUCAGUGGGCAGAGCAGUACCACCAAAGAUGGCUCUGCUGAUAAACAGUCCUCAGAGCUUGUAAAGGAUGUUUUGGAUCAGAAGCCUAAUAAUCUAAACAGGAAGGAUGCUUCCUCCAGUAUGACAGACAUGAAUACAAACGAGGUUCUCUUGACUGUCCCUUGUGUCCUUGUGAGCCCAAAGAGGAAAUUGGCAGGAAGACUGGAAGUCAUGCACAACUUUCUUUAUUUCUAUGGUGAAUUCUUGGUAGAAGGGACAGGGGGUUCAUCUGUGUUUGAUGACCUAAAUGGUUUGAAUUACCCUGAUUCUAUUACUAAAUCUGAUCAAAAGUUGCAAAAAGGUCAUGGGCGUUUUAAUGUGGAUCGUGAGAAAGGAACCAUCUCGGAUAAUAUUGAUAAUGUUCCACAAGCUCCAUUUCACAUAGAGUCGAAGGAAUUGAAACGUCAUAGAAGAUGGAAUAUUUGUAAGAUCAAAGGUGUUCAUUGGACCCGAUAUCUAUUAAGAUAUACAGCUAUAGAGAUAUUUUUCAGCGAUUCGGUAGCCCCAGUUUUUAUGAACUUCGCAUCCCAGAAGGAUGCUAAAGAUGUGGGGAUGCUGAUAGUUUCUACGAGGAAUGAAGCUUUAUUUCCAAAAGCAAGCACUAAAGAUAGGAAUGGGUUUAUAUCUUUUGUUGAUAGACGUGUUGCGUUGGAGAUGGCAGAAAGAGCAAGAGAGAGUUGGCGAAGAAGAGAUAUGAGCAACUUUGAGUAUUUGAUGGUACUCAAUACGCUUUCUGGCAGAUCUUAUAACGACUUAACUCAGUAUCCUGUAUUUCCUUGGGUUGUGGCCGAUUAUUCCUCCGAAAAGCUUGAUUUUAAUAAAUCAUCAACCUUCCGUGACCUUUCAAAACCUGUGGGUGCAUUGGAUUCAAAGCGAUUCGAGGUUUUCGAGGAGAGGUACCGCAAUUUUUCUGAUCCUGAUAUUCCAAGCUUCUACUAUGGAUCUCACUAUUCAAGCAUGGGAAUUGUGCUUUUCUAUCUGCUUAGACUAGAGCCCUUUACUGCUCUCCAUCGUAAUUUGCAGGGUGGUAAAUUUGAUCAUGCAGAUCGACUUUUCCAAAGCAUCGAAGGCACAUAUAGGAAUUGCCUUUCAAAUACGAGUGAUGUCAAAGAACUGAUACCAGAAUUCUUUUAUUUGCCGGAGUUUCUUGUCAACUCAAAUGCUUAUCAUCUUGGGGUGAAGCAGGAUGGUGAGCCUUUGGGUGGUGUUUUGCUUCCUCCUUGGGCAAAGGGAUCUUGCGAAGAAUUUAUUUACAGAAAUCGAGAGGGCCUUGAAAGUGAAUAUGUGAGUUCCAAUCUCCAUCAUUGGAUUGAUCUGGUAUUUGGUUAUAAACAGCGUGGCAAACCAGCAGUUGAGGCAGCAAAUGUUUUUUAUUAUUUGACAUAUGAAGGUGCAGUGGAUCUGGAGACCAUGGAUGAUGCAUUCCAACGAUCUGCCCUUGAAGACCAGAUAGCGAAUUUUGGGCAAACGCCAAUUCAGAUAUUCCGGAGAAAACAUCCAAGAAGGGGCCCACCAGUUCCAAUUGCCAAUCCUUUAUAUUAUGCUCCUGCUUCCAUCACCUUGACUUCUGUAAUUUCCAGUACAGCUCAUCAACCAUUACCAGUGCUCUUUGUCGAUGUUUUAGAUUCAAAUCUUAUACUUGUUAACCAAGGCCUGACGAUGUCUAUCAAGAUGUGGUUAACAACCCAAUUGCAAUCCGGUGGGAACUUGACUUUCUCUGGCUCACAGGAUCCAUUUUUUGGAAUUGGUUCUGAUAUUCUUACUCAUCGAAAAAUUGGUGCACCCUUGGCUGAGAAUAUGGAGCUUGGGACACAGUGCUUGGCUACACUACAAACACCGUCAGAAAAUUUUCUUAUUUCUUGUGGCAACUGGGAGAACAGUUUUCAGGUCAUAUGCCUAAGUGAUGGGCGGAUGGUCCAAAGCAUAAGACAGCACAAGGAUAUAGUCAGUUGUGUCGCAGUGGCAUCAGAUGGAAGAACUGUGGCCACAGGAAGUUAUGACACAACAGUGAUGGUAUGGGAGGUCAAUAUGCUGAGGUCCAUGGACAAGAGAGCUCGACAUAACCAAACAGAGUUCUCCCGGAAAGACCUCAUCAUUUCCGAAAAUCCAUUCCACAUCCUAUGUGGUCAUGAUGACAUAAUCACAUGCAUUUGUAUCAGUGUAGAGCUUGAUGUGGUUAUCAGUGGAUCAAAAGAUGGAACAUGUGUCAUCCAUACAUUACGAGAAGGAAGAUACAUAAGAUCUAUUCAGCAUCCAUCUGCUUGUGCCUUGUCAAAACUAGUCAUUUCACAACAUGGGCGUCUGGUUUUCUACUCCAAUGAUGACCUAAACCUUCACCUGUACUCAAUUAAUGGGAAAGCCAUGGCUUCCUCUGAGUGUAAUGGCCGCCUAAACUGUAUGAAGCUUAGCCCUUCUGGAGAAUUCUUGCUUUGUGCAGGUGAUCAAGGACACAUAACUCUAAGGGCUAUGCAUUCUCUUGAAGUUGUGAGGAGGUAUGACGGUACUGGAAAGAUAAUAACUUCUCUUACUGUUACCCCCGAAGAGUGCUUCCUUGCUGGGACAAAGGAUGGAAGCCUCCUUGUGUAUUCUAUAGAAACUCAGCUCCGUAGGGGUAAUACUUCACGUAAUUUGAGGUCCAAAGGUGCUGCACCAGGAUAGAAUCAAAGAUGUGUGUACUUAUCUGGCUUCCUUCCAUUUAAAUUAUCAGCAGUAGCUGGUGUUGUUACUGAGGGUUUUUUAAAUCAACUGGCUCUCUUUAUACUUUGCAUGGGUUUCACCUGUACAGCAUGCGCAAUGUAAAUUACUGGUCAGAGGCCUCGACUCGAGGUAUUUGUAAGUGUCACUCAUAGUGUUAAAGAUAAGCCCAGCUGAACUUGCUGAUUCUUUGUUCGAACUUUCCAAGUCAGGUUUCCUUGCCAGCAUAAAUUUUUUAUCAAUUUCUUAUUUCAUAUGACUGAAUAUUGUUUUGUAUAUAUUGUGGAUUUGUCCGUCUGAUUGUUCAAGAAUAUGAUGGACGAACACAUGUAUCACACACGUGUUAUUGAAAGCGAAAUCGUAUAGAGUAGUAUAUUUUGUUGAA